AUGCCCUCUCGCCCCAUCACCGACUAUGGCGCCCUGACGUUCGACUGCUUCGGCACGCUCGUCGACUGGGAGACGGGCAUCUACAACAUGCUGCUUCCGCUGCAGAACCGCCUGCCCGAGUCGCACCCACACUACAACGACCGCAUGGGCUUCCUCAAGCUCUUCAUCAAGAACGAGGGCAUCGUCCAGCGCGCCGACCCCGAGGGCCUCUACCCGGACAUCCUGGCCAACACGUACCGCGCCAUCGCCAAGGAACUCGGCGUCGAGUCCAAGGACGACGAGGCCGCCGCCUUUGGCAACGCGGUGGGCGACUGGCCCGUCUUCCCGGACACCCAGGAGGCCCUCCAGCGCCUGCAGAAGCACUUUAAGCUCGUCAUCCUCUCCAACGUCGACAAGGCCUCCUUUGGCCGCGCCCUCACCAACCAGCUGCCCAAGAUCCAGUUCGACGCCAUCUACACGGCGCAGGACAUUGGCACCUACAAGCCGAACCCGCGCAACUUUGAGUACCUCAUCGAGCACUGCGACAAGGACCUGGGCGUUCCCAAGGACAAGAUCAUCCACACGGCCUACGCGCUGCCGCACGAUCUAGUGCCCGCCCACAAGGCGGGGCUCGCCAGCUGCUGGAUCGAGAGGGGCGUCGACGUGCCCGCGGCCUGCGGCGGUGGGCAGCCUGAUCAGUACCCCGCCGGUGCGCUGGGCUUUGAGUGGCAGUUUAAGACCAUGAAGGACAUGGCCGACUACGUGGACUCGUUGUGA